GGGCGGCAUCGUGUGGACGCCAGGGCUCCCAGCCCAGGGCUACUGGCCAGAUGACGCAUUCUGCAUGUGUCAGCGAAUUCACCGGACGCAUGGCGGAGCACUGGCGCUCUCCGCGGGAUUCGUGAAGCAGGGUCAGCAGGACGUUGGACAGAAGCCGUGCCGCGCUUUGGAGAUGCCCGCUGUCUCGGAUGCAGGGAUUGCAUAGCUCCAGCUCCUCCUCUCCGCCGCAGACGUGUCUUGGAAUGUAACUGGACGCUUGGUUGUCAUUCUUUUUAUUUAUUUAUUUUUUUUCUCUCUGCUGAACCCCUGUGAUCAAAAGAGCAUUGCUUUAAGACUGUACCAUACCACUGACCGUCGUAUCACAAACAUUUUUUCAGCGUUACUUUCUCAAACAUAAAUGUGCUGCUAGUUGUUAAGAUCAUUUUGAGGUAAUAUAGCCAGAUGUUCUCAUUUGCGAAAAUGACUGUAAAUAAUGGCAGUUUUGGUUAUGACACUAAGACUACAUCUUUAAGCAAGAAUGUAAGACGGUGUGGUGCUUGGCCUGUUCCUCCAUAAUUCUUUGCAGGUGCAGCUUACCUGUCAUUAAUGUAGAAGUCACAAUUCCAAGCUUAUUGCACUAAGUACCAACCUACAGAUUACAUGUCAUCUGGUGGGUAAUUACCGCUUCGCCGUGACCUUUGUAACCUGACUGGUGGAGAUGGUCUAUGCGAGCGAUAGGCAGCGCUUAUCUUGUAGUGUCGCUAUCCAGCACGUUUUCUAUCUUAUGUGAUGAGUUGCUAUUUGCCUGAGAUCAGGUAUGACUCAUCAGAGACCAGGUAGGAUGGAAAACCUGUUGUGUACCGGCACUCCAGGACCAGGGUCGCCUGCCCCCUACUUUACCCCCACCUCUGUGGUGCUUGGUGAGCAGAACCGCACUGCCCCAAAUGGGCCCACUCCUCGAAUUCCUGCUAACAUACACAAAGCUACAGGGCAGUAAUAGUGGCUUUUGUUUCACAUGUGCAGCUGUUUUCCCAGACUGUCCUCUACAAUAGUGUUUCUCGACCCGGUCCUCGGGGACCCCCAGACGGUCCAUGUAUUUGCUCCCUCCCAUGUCCACUGAAGACUGGGUCGAGAGACACUAAUCUUCAAGUUCCGCCGUUGGAGUUAGUCUGCGAUACACACACACUGCUUUUACAGCGAUACACACACACACUGCUUUUUACAGUUACAGCCUGCAUAUAUUCUAUAUAUAUUUAUAUUUUUGUGAUUAAAAACUACCUUUUGAGCACUACAUGAAAACCUUUUAUUAAGUGAACGGGUGAAUUUCCAGGGUGGAACUGGAUUACGGAUGAGAUGGUGGAGCGAAUGUUUGUCUUGGAGGGGGGGCACACACAAAGGUCUUAUUAAUGGCCUUCACUGUGAGUGUUAAACUGAAGUCUCUGAUUGGACGAAGGUCAAACGGAAAGGUGGCUGUCAAGUUCUGAUAGGCUUAUUUUGAAAACGGCCGCUGGCUCGUGGGCAAUCAUCUUAAUCGUCCUGACAAUGCAUGGCGCUACACAGCUACAGGAAUAAACACGUUUACAUAAUUCAGGGGCUGCUUUAAUGCACUUCUUGCAAACCAUACUGACAACCGCAGCACCAAGCUCACAAGCAACUGGAACAGAGAAGUACGAUCAGAUUAACCAGCCAUGUGUUUGAUACUCAGACCUUUUUAGGUCACCUUUUUCCCCUAGAUGGUUGUUUUUUUUUAUAUAUGUAUAUUUCUUGUUUAGUCUGCCAUUAAACUGGUGGUGGGUUUGUCCUAAGCCGUGUGAGCCCAGAAGAGAGAGAGAGCAUGAAGUACCAAUCAAGCUCUAAUCAUUUGAAUAGACUGUAUAAUAGCUUGAAUUUUGGGGGAAAAGAUUUUCAUUUUCAGCAUUCCACAAGUCGAAAAGCUUUUAUUUAAGCACUGAGUUGUUAACUUCAGACAGACACAUUCCUGUGUUAAGGGAGCGAAUAGGGUGGUCCAAGCUGCUAUCUAGUACAUUCAUCGUGAUUCUCUGAGAGAGCCUGUCGCAGCCGCUAGGGGCUCCGCAUGCGAUCGACAUGUUGGGGAUGCAUUUACUGCCGUCUGACUUGACGUUCUGGUGACUCUCUGUGUGAGGACUGAUGCCCCAGUUUGAUUCUAAUAUCGUUUCUUGGUGAUCUGGAGAUUUAAUCUGAAGCUCUUGAAUAAAGAUGUGGAAAAGCGACUCAGUUCUUGCUGCUCUUCCUUGGCAGUGUCUUUCAUAUGCAGUGAUCACAGGAAGUCCUGGCAUGCUUGUUUAAGUCAAUAAAAAAAAUGCAAAUUUAUCGGUUGUAUAACAAAUCAUUAUUUUAUUCAUUUUAAAAAAAGUGAAAGUGAUUAUAAGUAUAGAUCACAUUAGAAACAUCCUCUGGUGUUAAAUAAACAUUAAGUUCAUGUGGUAAUAAACUGAAACUCACAUUAUCGUCCUGAAAGAUGACCUGAGUUAAAAAGGUCGUUGACAAGCAGCAUCUUUUGGUGAUUUUUAAUUGGUAACACCUUUGCAGUGACAUAAAACGCCGAACAUUUGUGUUUAGUAUUACUGUGGGAGCCAAAGGCCACAAUUGCAAUUAAUAGCAAAAGACCAGGAACAGAACUGAAUUAGUUAGUAAAAAAAAAAAAAAUUGGCACUUAAGGAAAUGACUUUUUAUGCAACCAUUACAUUUGCAACAUUUUACAGAAUUUAGUGUUUGAGCACUUUGUGUGUGUGUGUGUAUGUGUAUAUAUAUAUACACAAAAUUUAUCGACAGCCAUGUAAACAUCUGUUUGUUAUUCCGUAUUUACAAAAAAAAAAACUCCCUACAGACCACACUAACUCUGGCUACUUCUCGUUGCUGUAUGUUUUUCCAUCGUUUACAUUAGUGUCCAUCUGCUGACGCCGUUUCUAAACAUCUGCGCUGUCUUUCAGGAGCUGCUCUCUAAUGUCAGCAAAGCCGUCAGGUCUCUCGCAGCAGCCGCAUGUAGGGGAGACGCUGUUGGAUGCCUCACACACUGCAAAUACCUACACAUUCUGUUUAUUAGACACAGAUGCUCGCCAAAAGACAAAAAAAAAGCAUUUUGUUUAAGACUGAAACCUUCCAUGUUUUACAGAUUUCUGAAGAAGGUUUUUUUUCCCCCCUAUAGGAUUUUGACACAACAAACUAUUGGUGAGAAAUUCAUGCUAAAAUUGUUCUAAACAUCUUUAAUCAAUUCACACACAUUCACUCACUAUGGCCAAUUUAGCGACGCUACUCCCAAACGGAACAUGUUCGAUGUGUCGGAUGAAACUGUUUAAAAACCAUUAUGGCUUCCAGCUUCUCUGUCCCGAUGGGGAUGUGGAGGUAGGAGAUCAUGCAAACCCCCACACAUGGAGGGGUUUGGGUAGUGCUACGUUUGUUACAGAACCAGCGCCUCCUAAAGGCGGCACAGGCGAUCGCCGGGGGCACGAAAGAGUGUGUGACAACAAAUAGGAAGAAAAACAUCUGACUGCAUUCUGUGACAUUAUGGUUCUUUCUUGUAAGACAGAGGCGAGUUAACUAGCUAGUUAGCAGCCAGAUACCCUGUGCUACCAUAAUGUUUGUAAUAUGAAUAAAAUGUGUAAAUUUGUUUUCUAUUGCUCUGUGGUUGGAGGAAGGAAGGGGACGCUCAGAAGAAUCUCCCCUAUGGUGCCAGAGAGACUGGCCCUGGUUACAGUAACAGUGUUUUUCAUCCACAAAUAAAAUCAGGCUCUACAUAUAGGACAUUCCGAAAGCCUCCAAACAGAAGGGCUAUUAUGCCCCCUCUGCCUCCCCCAAACAUACGCACAUCUACUUUCCUCUUCGUCAAGGAUGAUGUUCAUAGCAGAUUGGGUGGGUUUCCUGUCACAGAGGGGAUGUUCAGUGUCAUGUUCCUAAGCUCCACAUUCCCAUCGCAGGGCCGCUGCUGACAGAUCAGCGUGCUGGAUGCCGGCUGUACUGCAUGUAGGUGUGACUGAAACACAGCGAGCUAAACAUUCCCAUCACAUGGCCCCUGCUGACAGAUCAGCAUGCUGGAUGCCGGCUGUACUGCAUGUAGGUGUGACUGAAACACAGCGAGCUAAACAUUCCCAUCGCAGGGCCGCUGCUGACAGAUCAGCGUGCUGGAUGCCGGCUGUACUGCAUGUAGGUGUGACUGAAACACAGCGAGCUAAACAUUCCCAUCGCAGGGCCGCUGCUGACAGAUCAGCGUGCUGGAUGCCGGCUGUACUGCAUGUAGGUGUGACUGAAACACAGCGAGCUAAACAUUCCCAUCGCAGGGCCGCUGCUGACAGAUCAGCGUGCUGGAUGCCGGCUGUACUGCAUGUAGGUGUGACUGAAACACAGCGAGCUAAACAUUCCCAUCGCAGGGCCGCUGCUGACAGAUCAGCGUGCUGGAUGCCGGCUGUACUGCAUGUAGGUGUGACUGAAACACAGCGAGCUAAACAUUCCCAUCGCAGGGCCGCUGCUGACAGAUCAGCGUGCUGGAUGCCGGCUGUACUGCAUGUAGGUGUGACUGAAACACAGCGAGCUGCACGUUCCCAUCGCAGGGCCACUGCUGACAGAUCAGCGUGCUGGAUGCCGGCUGUACUGCAUGUAGGUGUGACUGAAACACAGCGAGCUCCACGUUCCCAUCGCAUGGCCGCUGCUGACAGAUCAGCGUGCUGGAUGCCGGCUGUACUGCAUGUAGGUGUGACUGAAACACAGCGAGCUCCACGUUCCCAUCGCAUAGCCGCUGCUGACAGAUCAGCGUGCUGGAUGCCGGCUGUACUGCAUGUAGGUGUGACUGAAACACAGCGAGCUCCACGUUCCCAUCGCAUGGCCGCUGCUGACAGAUCAGCGUGCUGGAUGCCGGCUGUACUGCAUGUAGGUGUGACUGAAACACAGCGAGCUAAACAUUCCCAUCGCAUGGCCGCUGCUGACAGAUCAGCAACAGAUGGAAUGGGGUGCCAUGGAAAAGAUUAUGCCAUUUUCAAACCCACCCCAUGAAACUGGAUAAAUAUCGCCCGACAAAUUGAUUUUUAAUAUGAAAUCCAUGUGCAGUUGAAGCAGGCCAGCCCAAGUCCAUGUGGCGCCCUGGGGAACGUCACUAUCCCCCUCCCCCAAAGCCAACCGCAGCUGGCACCAAAGUAAAUGUGGAAAUAAGAGUGAAGAAGGAAUUAAGACUUAUUAUUGUUUAAUUUUGUAUAAUAAAUUCAUGCUUCUGGAUUAACCGCAUAAUCGAAAAAUAAAAUUGGCAGCCCUUUUAACAACCUUUGCUCACUGUGAACUGUUCUUCUGCUUGUUCCUGCUUCAAUUGCAGUGCUUUUUCUUGGUCACACCCUGCUCACCCCGCCCACUGUGGCAGUGUGCCCCCUCCAAGUCAAAGUCAAAUCGGCUGUCUGCUAUUCCAGAAUCCCUGAGAAGCCAUCACCCUAGGCAGCCCACUGACAAAUAAAGAUAAUUUUAGCCUAUUCAGAAUAUCAUCUCGUGAACCACAGUUAGUGAACCACUAACCUAUAUAAUUAGGUCCAGGAAUAUAGCAAGUUUAUUGAGGUAUUACACAGAGUACAGAGAAAUGUCAUGUCCUGUAAUGAAAUAAUCACUUUACACAACAGAAAAAUUCUUGUACUUUUACCCUGUUAUUUACACACACUGUGUAAAAGUCUAAUAACUUAAUAGUAACGUGAAUAUUAGGAAUUAUAAUAACCCGGUUUGGUUCGCUCAGAGUUUUGUGUGUUAUGUCUCCCCCUUGUGGCUCGGUCAGGUAUUAAAAUGCUUUUAUGACA